GUCAUGGGGUGUUUCGGUAGCCAGAGUAGCAAGGCCAGCCAGGAUGACAGCAAAAAUCAGAAGAGGCGAUCCGACGCCAUCACCAGACAAUUGCAAAAGGAUAAGCAGGUCUAUCGGGCCACUCACAGGUUACUCUUGCUCGGAGCGGGAGAGUCCGGCAAAAGCACGAUCGUCAAACAGAUGAGGAUACUGCACGUCAAUGGUUUCAGCGAAGCGGAGAAGCGACAAAAGAUCGAAGACAUUAAGAAGAACAUUAGGGACGCCAUCUUGACGAUAACUAGUGCGAUGAGCACGUUAACACCGCCUGUUUCGCUGGAGGAUCCGUCAAACCAGAGCAAAGUGGAUUAUAUCCUGGAAGUCUCGUCUUCCCCAGACUUCGAUUAUCCUCCGGAAUUCUACGAAAUCGUCGAAACUCUUUGGAAAGAUAGAGGCGUUCAACAGAGCUUCGAGAGGAGUAAUGAGUAUCAACUCAUUGACUGCGCCAAAUAUUUCCUAGAUAAGGUAGCCAUCGUAAAACAGCCGGAUUACACGCCCACGGAACAGGACAUCCUGAGGUGUCGAGUUCUCACGUCCGGCAUCUUUGAGACGCGGUUUCAGGUGGACAAAGUGAACUUUCACAUGUUUGAUGUUGGUGGCCAGCGUGAUGAGAGAAGAAAAUGGAUUCAAUGUUUUAAUGACGUUACGGCGAUUAUAUUUGUCACGGCGUGUAGUAGUUACAAUAUGGUCCUCAGGGAAGAUCCUACGAAACUGAGACUUAGAGAGAGUCUCGAUCUUUUCAAAAGUAUUUGGAACAAUCGAUGGCUUCGCACGAUUUCUGUGAUCCUGUUUCUAAACAAGCAAGAUCUUUUAGCGGAAAAAAUCAAGGCGGGGAAGCACAAACUGGAGGAUUACUUUCCGGAAUUCGCGCGUUAUCAAACACCAGUCGAACCCGGGGUAGUCGCAGAUCCUUCGGAACCGCCUGACGUCAUAAGGGCCAAGUACUUUAUCAGAGAUGAGUUUCUCCGCAUAAGUACGGCGAGCGGUGACGGCAAGCACUACUGUUACCCGCACUUUACAUGCGCCGUUGACACGGAGAACAUCAAAAGAGUGUUCAACGAUUGCCGGGACAUCAUUCAACGGAUGCACUUGCGUCAAUAUGAGCUCUUGUGACUUCGUUCCUGCCGACAUUUUCUGUCAUCAUCCGUUAACCCGAUCGUCACGCUCAUUCUGCGCCUCGAGAUGCAAUCGCUACGAACAAGUGAAUGAGCGAAUCCGCGAGACUCGUCGCGAGAGCAUUCACCGCUAAUCAGGUAACGCGCGCUUCGAGAGCUUCCUCCGGGAUCGGAAAGCAUAGCCGGCGGAACGGACGAUCGCGUUUAUCGAGAACUCGCCAGCGGAUAUUGAAAGAGAGAGAGAGAGAGAGAGAGAGAGAGAGAGAGGACUAUGCGAAUCGAUUGCUCUACUUUUUUUCAUCGAUAAGAUUCAGAAAGAUGAGCCGGCACAUCGAUAUAUACUGCUGCUAAAUCUCUCUCCACCGUCUGAAAUCUGUCUUUCGCGAAUGAAGUGUUCUCUCUCGCCUGAAAUAAAUCGUGCAAACCGCGCGUUUACACUGGCCGCGUGUCUCGUUCCGCAGCCGUUCGACGAAAAUGAGACGAGCGGCCCUUUUAGCGGGCAUAUUCUCGAACGGUCACUCGACUCUCCUUUGAGUUAAAUAAAAGAGUGUGCUGAACACUCGUCGUCAUCGUCGUCAUUCGAACGAUGAUGGCGAGAAUGAAACUCUCGCGCUCGAUCGUGCGUAUGAACCAUUUACCUCGUUAAUUUUAUUCCUAUUCGCGUGUAAUGCCGUUCAGGAACGCGCGGAUCCUAUCGCAAACGUGGGCCAACGUCGUCAUCGGGUGUGAUUCGAGUGACGAUUCUCUUCUCGUUCAACACACUCUUGACGUGAAUUAUUAUCGUUAUUAGCUUAGCAUUAAGGAUGUUUCCUAAAACUUAGGCGAACCUCUCCGGUGAACAGAAAAAAAAGAAGAAAAACUUUUAUCGUUUUUAACUUUCUUCCCCUUUUAUUCGUUUUCGAAUCUCCACUAUUACCUUGCCUAGCUCCUUCUUACAUCUCGCUUAGAAUCUCCGCGUUAUCUCCCGUUAUAUUCCUUUUCUUUUGUUGAGCUUUCGAUUUUCGAAUCUCGUUUUUUUUUUUUAUUACUAUUAUCAUUGGCCCGACCUGUAGGAGUCUCAGCCGCGCCCUUUUUACGAGAAGAGUAUUUUGUGACAUUUUACAGUAUUUCGAAGAGCGUUUUAAUUAUAUAAAUAUGUAUCGAGUAUGUACAGGGUGACCGUCCACGGAUUCUCAUCGUUUUUUACGUACAUUUCUUAUCGAUCGAGGUCUCUCACGGAUAUGGGCUUUUUCCUUUUUUUUUUUUCCGUUACUGACAUAUAUACUGUAAAUGGAGUUACUGACGUAUAUACUGUAAAUGGAGUUACUUUUUUUUCUGUACUUAGACACGCGCACUAUCACAACAGUAAUAACGUUUGUAUAUUCUAGCCCACAUAAAUGAAAUGUGCCACGUUCAAGUUCUUCGGUACCACAUAUGCAAGUAUAAUUUUGCGGUACGUCGCAUGCACGACACGUUUUAAACUUGUGUAAAAAUUUAAUCUACAUUACUUUGGCAAUUCGCAUCUUAUUUUCGGAGAGAUCGUCGCGCCCCGAUGAUACGUUGAUGGUAACGUGUACAAAUUUUUAUGCGACUGACUCGACAGUCAAUCACGGUGGAUCAUUUUUACGACGAAUGCCCCGGGUCCGAUAUGCAAGAAUUUUAUCUUUCACGCAUCACAAGUGCGUCCACUUCCUUCGUCGUCGCUACUUGAAUAUCCUGUAUCUGAUAAAUUAUCUGUUAUUUUUAUGUUUAAAUUUAACUUUUUACAUACUUUAUUUGACGUUACAUCAAAAGAUAACGAAAGACUUUCGCGUCAAUGACAUAUACACACAUAGAUCAAGUAACUAUUUAAAUUUAAAGAGACAGCUUUAAAUUUAAAUUUUUGGCAGCUGCUUUAUUCCAAUUAUAUUUCUAUCGAAAAUAUGGAAAUUAAAUAUUACUAUAGUAUUUAGUUAUUAAAAGAUCGCACAUUUAUAAUUGUAUAUAAUAAUUUUGUAAAGAGAGAGAGAAGGGGAAGACCUAUAUAUUUUAAUGACAUAUGUAUCAAAACUAAAAAUUUACUAUCGUGUAUUAAAAGAAUUUGCUGUAAUAACAUAUUGAAGAAGAGAAAAGAGUAACGUAACGCAUAAUAUUAAGGAAUAAUAUAUCUUGGUAGCUUGACAUUAAAAAAAUAAUCGUAUGUUGGAAAGAGAGGAAAGAUUUUAAACAAAGUCUUUGCUCAUUUACAUCGUCAAUUAUUGAUUCCGAUCUUGUUUUAAAAGAAUCGAAAAUGUUUGAUCCAUGUGCGUAUAUCAUUGCGUGCUCGUGGUCCGAGGUAUAAUGCGUAUACGAUAGACACAUCGCUGAUAUGUUUCGCAUGUGUACAUCAUCGUACGCAUAUGCGAUUGUCGUCUAGAAAAGAUUCUACGGGAUCAAAAAUGAGAACAAAAAUUCCGUACAAUUGCGCACACAAUACAUACACACAUACCCAUUCUUUGCUUGAUUAACCCUUUAGCAUAUAUAUAAAUAUAUAUCUAUCAAGACUAGAGACAUUUAUAAUAAAAUUUUAAACCGAUAUACUUGAUCAAACUUCUUUUUGUGAUUUUUUUAAGCUUUUUUUUAUUUAAUAUAUAGCUAUUUUAAAAUAAAUACAGACAUUUUACAUUGUGAUUGCAAUGCAUUUCUAUUUCGUCUUCAAAGAAAAUUUUUUAAAUAUCGCAGCCAAAGGGUUAAUAUCGAUUAUCGACAUGCUUUUUUUUACGGAAAUAAUAGAAUUAAAGAAAAAAAUAAUAGAAUAAAGUAAAAGUCAAAAGUGAAAUGAACGAGGUUUCGUGUAGCAUUUAUUGUAAUAUAUUCGGCCGUUAUUCCUAUUCUUUUUGAUUAAUUGAUUGUUAAUCAUCUUUAUAUAAUCCUUUAUAAUCUAAUCUUUCUGCCUUCUGCCUCUCUAACUCGUAUACAUGGCUAUACAUGUUAGACUAAUUUUAUGUUUGAUCCACAAAAUUAUUUUUAAUCGAGUAUCGGAAGAGUUUUGUCCGAUUAUUUUCACAAAUGAUUACGCGACUCGAUCUUCGACCUCGUUUUAUUCAGUGGCAUUAACGCCGUGUUUUGUCCGUAUUUACUGUUUUAAAUUAAUAUUUCAAGCGCGCGAUUUUUGCAAUUUUUUUCAUCGUAAUUCGAUGAGAAUAGGAAUUUCGGGGCAUUACAUAACUGAUAUCCUCUAGAUGCCCACGUGUCCACAACUACGUAACUGUAAUUUCAUAUAUCGAUGUACGUGUAUAAAUACGUAGAGUGGUACGAAUAAGGCGAUCACGAACAUUUCGCCGAACGAUAUUCUUCUCUGCUCUUUUUGCGUGAUAAAUAAAAUCAAAUGUGUAUCGUUUCAUCGCAUUUAGCCCGUAAUACAAUGUUACAGAAAUAAAUUCGAAAAAUUCUGAUCUAGCUCUAUAAAUAUACAGCCGUACAAAUCACUUAGGCGGAGAAAGGAAAUGAUACAGCCGCCUCGUUCGUGUCACUAUGUACACUUGCAUCUCGUCGUACUAGUACAUAAUAGAUACACAAGAGUCAUAGUUUGUAACGUUAUUUAUAACUUCGCGAAAUGUUAUUUUUACUAUGUAAUUGGUGUGACUGAGAGGGAGAAAAAGAGAGAGAGAGAGAGAGAGAAUAGAGAUAUGUGAGAAGAAAUCGAGCGAAGGAGAAAAUCUCUUUUUGCUCGAUUAUUAUCUAUUGAUAAUAAUCAACUUCCGUGAAACUUGAAUGUUCACACCUGGCACAAAGUCAAGUAAAAGCGAAUGUAACGAGAGUAAUCGGUAAUCUCGCCCCGGAUAUUCUCGUUCCUAUAUUUCCCCCUCCUUCCCCUUCCUCUUUUCCUUUUUCCAUGGUAUACGAAUAACCAAAUAUACAUCUAAUUUCUGAUUUCGAGAGGUUUACGUAGCGACGUCGAACGGAAAAUAGCGUGAGCAAGAGACAAAUCGAAGCCACGUAAUAACGAAUUUCUAUUGUUCACAUUAGAAAGAGAGAAAGUGCACGUUUGUGCGUGCGUGCGUGUGCGUGUGUGUGUGUGUGUGCGCGCGCGCGUGAUACACGCAAAAAUGAUAUUGCUAUUAUUAGUAUAGAUCAUAAAAAAGGAAAAAAUCACGAAUGUUGAUAUAUUGUUUGGAUGCGCAUAUGCAUAUGUGUGUGUGCGUGCGUGCAUGCGUAUAUGCAAGAACGAGGUAGAAGAUGCGAUGUGUCGAAUAAAUAGUGGAGUUACGUGGCUACAAUUAUAAAACACACACACACACACACACACACACACACACAUACGCCGAGAUCGCACAAGUUUUUCUUUUCUUUUUUUCCGUACGUAAACGUAAAAAAGCGGUAUGCGAAAUAUCUAUAUAUGCAUAUUAUACAUAUGUAUAAUAUAUGUGUAUUUGACGAGGACGCGCAGGUACGUUAUUAUUUGUAAAUAAUUAACGACGGUGUCAGAUUCCGCGUAUUAUCGUGACAAAGAGCAAUGAUGUUAUGAUUUUGAUAGACAUUCGAGAGAUUGCGUGUCUCAUCUAAUUUAAAUCGUGGGAUAAGCUGUAUAAUGACUAAGUAAAGAUAGGAGAGGUCAUUGCGUCGAAUCUCGAUGAAACGCCAUCACUCGUUCGACGAUCCAUCGCGAAACAACAGUCUUGUGAAGCGACCGUGAAUUAAAAUUGACGAGCGGCGCGUAAACGUAAGCAAUCGAUGCUACAAACGCCAAUCAUGUUGAUAAAGAAAAAAAAAAGGAAUAAAUGCAGCACACGUUGUCCGCGAAGCGCAUUAUUGUUUCGUCCUUAGCAAUAUUCUUUGUGGACCACGUCGAGGAUUAUGUAGCCUUAAAUAGCGAAAGUGAAAGUAGACGUGUGUAAUUGGAAUUACUGUAAUGCAAACGCGGAGAGACACAUAAGGAAAAUCUGAAGUAACCACCAAUAAGAAACUAUAAUUGCUGGGCUUAUGAUAACUAUUCUAGCAUUCGGCGAUCUGCGGCUCGGUUGUACUAACCCAGUUAGCACCAGGAUAAUGGAUAAGCCAGAAUGGAUAAAUCCAUUCUUCUUUAAUGUAGGAAACAAAGGAACUAAACCAGAUAAUGCCAAAAUCUAAAAAAAAAGUUUAAAAGAGAUGUCAUAUAAAAUAUUAGAAUGACACAUGACAUAUAGCAUAUAUAUAUAUAUUUAUAUAUAUGUGUGUGCGCGUGCGUGCGUGCGUGCGUGCGUGUGUGUGUGUGUGCGUGCGUGCGUGCGUGUGUGUGUGUGUGUUUUAGAGAUUUGCAUUGACCAUACAAGUUAAAAAUGGCUAAUCUGGAUUGUGUUAGUACAACUCAGCCUGCAUAAUCUGUAAUGCAAUAAUUAUAAAGUCGAGAUUUGCUUCGGAAUUCAAGAGCGUUAUGCACUUCCAGUGAGAAUAUGAAAGAUCUACUGAUCGUGUGCACGUGGCUGGAUGCUGCGUGUCACAGAUUAAGAUUAGAUCACGAGCGAAUCAUUAUUAUCGUUACGCUGUUAUUCAAUAUGAACAAUCUCCUCGCAAAUUUUAUUAAAAGUGUGAAUAGUAUCAUUGUAACAUUAAUUAUAUUAUUAUGUCAUCGCGUAACGGACGACUGUCCUGAAUUAUUAUUAGGAGCUGACCUACUGUAUAUGUAGCGGCUUGUGCGAUUUUUUCGUGUAACAUUACGCGUCGAUGGGAGAUUUACAGAAUCGGAUUAAAUUAUGCACAAAAAAAUCUCGAAAGUUUACAGACUCGUGAUGAAAUCGUUGAAUCAACGUCCGAUAUACGACAUCCGAGCGCGACUUUGUUUUUGUAAGAGAUUUAUCUCGUGAAAUUUUAUAUUCUAGUUUUAUAUAUAUUACAUACUUUUUAAUAUUGAGUUUUUUGCGAUUUUUCGAAAAAUUGAAACCAAAAAUUUAAUUUUAUUACGCGAAUUAGUGCGUCUUUCAUUCAAGUCGAGAAUGUUAGAAGCGAAUGUGUAAGAAUUUCUGUUAGAUAAAAUUUAUAUUAGAGCACAGCGCUUACAAUUCCACGUUACCAUCUGUCACAAAUAAAUCGUAUUUGAUUAAUUUUAAACAACUCGCUACCAUCUAAUGUCAAAAAUAUAUUUUGCUCUUGAACAAUUUCAUCGAUGAGUUCGAAAACAUUCGUCAUAUUCGACAAAUGUCAUCGUUCGAUUCGAUGCGUUACGUACAUAUGGGAGAGAAAAAAAUUAAUUAUAUAUGUAUAUAUAUAUUUGCUUUGUAUUUAUUAAAAUUUUUAAGCUAUUAAAAGAACGUAACAUGCGCGCGCGUUAUUCUUUGGAACGAAAUACAUAACGAGUUAACAUUUUCUUGAAAGAUGCGAAUUUCUUUCAAUUUGAAUCUCGAUAUCUUUGAUGAAAUUGUUCAAAUAUGGCAUAAUCUUUUGAAGCUGGGCCGGUGCACUAUCUUUUAUCGCUCUUCCAAUCGCGGAGAGGGAAAAGAAAUGUUCCAUUAUCUUAUAUCUAUAUCAUGGUUCCACCAUGGUUCCAUAGUGAAUCGUGCCUUUCUAUACUUUUUCUGAUUGUCAGUAAUUUCGUUGAUUAUUCGUCAUUCGUCAGAAAAUUUGAUUUCUUUUGAUCAUGAUAGAUAAUUUAUAGAAACGCGGAGCGAUCUUAUAUACGUUCGUCAUUUACGACAUUAUAAAGUUAAUCUUUAAUUUUUGAUAAAAAUCAUACAUAUAUAUAAAAUCUGAUUCCUACGUAGAAUUAACUAUAAAAUAUCAGAAAAUACGCACACGUACCCGAUUAUUUUUUGUAUAAUUAAUUAUAUUUCUUUUUUAUUUUUUUUUUUUUUUGGCGUUGUACUGUGAAUAACAAAUUGUAUUUAUAUAUGAUCUUGCAUUAAAUGCAUGAUCUUCUAAUGUAAGAUCGCUCAGUCGUUUUAGGAGAAAAUUUGAGAAGCAAGAGAAAGAAGCUACUUGUGCCUCGAGCGCGUUAUCUAUUCUAGAAAUUAAGUAAUUAAUCGAAAUGAUGUCAUUUCUAUAAGAAUAUAUAUAUGUGGUGAACGAUCGUCAGUGCUAUUUGACUUUUUCUAGUCUUCGAUAGCGGUUCGCUGGGUUCCACGUUUUUAUAAAGCGUAAAAUAUCGCCGUUAAUUAUACAUCAUCGCGCGUUUAAUGGUAUAUAUAAUAAGAAAAAAAAAAUAUAUAUAUAUACAGAGAGAAAGAGAGAGAAUAUAUGUGUGAGAGAGAAAGAGAGACAUGGGAUUCAUUUAUCAUAUCCUAAAAAGAAAAUAUAUUCAAUAAAUAUAUAAAAAGCGAUUGCGAAAUAUUAAAAUAAAGAAUCAUUGGAGAAGACUGGCGUACACCACGUCAUUUUAUAAAGAUAAUCAUUUUUAUUCCAAACACUGUUUUUGACUACAAAAAUGACAGAUUGCAUAACUGACUGUUUCAUAAAUGUGAAGGAAAUACGGAAAGGAAGAAAAUUAGAAAAAACAGAAAAAUUAUGAUUAGCUUAUUAAUAAUCACGUCUCCUCGUGCCCCGUUUUCUCUCGUAAAUCCUUAAUUCAUUCGUUAUUGCGUGUCUUUUAGAAAGAUGUCUAGUUGAAGACUUAAAGAUGAAUUAUUCUUAUUAUUAUUAUCAUCGGUGCAAGAGAGAGAGAGAGAGAGAGAGAAGGAGAAGCGAAAGCGUGAAAUAAAGUAUCUCUUUGAUGGUGACAUUUAAUAAGUGCUAUAUUAAUUUAGGAGCGAUUGAGUGACGCAAGUCGAAUGAGAGUACGCGAUGUGAUUGACUGGUGAACUCGUGAAAUUCGUUAGGAAAUCAAAUUCGUAUUGUUCGUGCCACGAUUUCCAUCAACUUUGAUUGUAUUUGCCAUCGUGGCUUUGUAAUUCUGAAAGGAAUUACAUUGAUAUGCAGAGAAAGAGAGAAAGAGAAAAGAACGAGAUGAGGCAGAUAUAUAUAUAUAUAUAUAUAUAUAUAUAUAUAUAUAUAUAUAUAUAUAGCCGUAUAUAAAGUACGCAAAACGAUCAAACAUACACGGCAUGAAGGCAUAUGAGGCUUGACAUGCGUGUACAUCUGUUGGUGCCAUUCAAAUGUGAAUCGUAGAACGAACAAGUAGGAUAAUAACAAAUAUAUAUAUAUAUAUAUAUAUAUAUAUAUAUAUAUAAAUAUUAUAUAAAUAUAUAAAUACAUUUCAUUGAAUCAAUCACGGAUCGGGUGUGCGUUGCGUAUAUUCGGAGCGGUGUGCAUAUGGGACUGCAUGCGUGUAUUGAACAUGUUACUAGAUUACGAGGAAAAUAUUUCAUUCUCAUUCUGUGAUGACUGUCUACUGAAUACAAGAGGUGAGAAGAGAAGAAAUGUUUACAUAAAGUCGUAAGACUAAUGGAUUAAUCAACUGAUUUAGCGAAUAAAAAUUUAAUUAUCAGUCAUUGUACUAACUGCGCAAAUGAGAGAGAAAGAGAGAAAGGAGAAAUGAAUCUUUAGGCGUAAGAAGACGCGUGUGUAUGUGUCUCUCGUUCGUUACGUGUAUGAAGAAGAAGCGAACAUGAUAAAAACGUCGCGCGCAAAACAUAGAACUUUAAUAUGUUAAAAGAAAAAAAAAGAAGAUAAAGAGAAAAGCCGAAAACACACAUGCUGUAUCCGAGUUGUGGCGAGAAGAGAGGACAGUAUGAUUUGUAUACUGUAUAACUUUAGUCGUUUAUCAUUGCUUUCGAGAAUAUAUAAGAGUUAUGUGUGUAUAAAUUAUUAUGUGUAAUUAAACAGAAGUCAUUUAGUAAA